CGGUCGAAAAAGAAAAUCUAACAAAGGAUUGUUUAGCGCAGCGGCUAUGAAAGGUGCUGUAGCUGAUGUAUUAAAACAUAACUUUAGCCUCAGAAUAGCAGCUGAGAGAAGUGGCAUUAAACAUCAAACAUUAGCGCGAUACGUAAAGAAAGCUAAAGAAGCUCUCAAUGACGUAUUAUUGCAUAAACCCCACUACGAUACUCGAAGGGUAUUAAAUAAUGAACAAGAACUAUUACUUAAAAAUUACAUAAUACAAUGCAGCAAAAUGUGUUACGGAAAGUCUACAAAAGACGUGGAGCAACUGGCUUACGAACUCUGUCUGCAUAACAAAAUUCAUAUGCCUCAGAAAUGGGAAGAAAUGAAGUCUGCUGGACUUGACUGGCUUCAUGGUUUCAAAAAGAGAUAUCCCGAACUCAGUAUCCGCCAACCGGAAGGUUGCAGUUUAUCCAGGGCUACAUCAUUUAAUCGUUCUAAUGUGGAUGCAUUUUUUCGAAAUUUAGAGGAAGUUUUAAAGCGUUUUGAUGGAUUUUCUGAAGGCACACGCAUUUUCAAUUUAGAUGAAACUUCGACCACAACUGUACAAAAGUCGUCAAAGAUUCUUGCACCUAAGGGAGUGAAUCAAAUAAAUAAAAUUACAAGCGGCGAACGAGGUAUAUUGGUUACAACGUGCUGCAUUAUAACUUCAACAGGAACUGCUCUACCUCCUGUCACGAUCUUCCCAAGAGUUAAUUUUAAGCAUCACAUGUUAAACAGAGCACCGGCUUCUACAUUAGGACUUGCAAAUCCCUCAGGAUGGAUGAACUCUGAAUUAUUUGUAGAUGUUAUGCGUCAUUUUAUACAACACUACCACAGUUCCAAAACAAAUCCAACAUUACUGAUCUUGGAUAAUCAUGAAAGCCACUUCUCCAUUGAGACACUAAAUUUAGCAAAAGACAACGGAGUUACCAUGCUCACUUUACCGCCACAUUGUCCCAACAAAUUGCAGCCAUUGGAUGUGGCUGUUUAUGCUCCAUUUAAAACUUACUAUAACAGUGCUAUGGACUCAUGGAUAAUAACGAAUCCUGGAAAGCCAAUAACAAUUUUUCAAAUCGCGGAAUGUGUCGGAUAUGCCUUUGAUAAAUUUAUGACACCCAGUAACAUAAAGGCAGGUUUCAAAAAAUGCGGAAUAGUACCUUUUAAUCAACACAUCUUCGAUGAGAGUGACUUUUUGAUUAGUAACGUAACCGAUAGGAAUGAAAUAUUAGAGGAGCGUGAUACAAAUGGUAAAGAAUGCCAGCCAACCUGCAGCAAAAAUUUGACAAAUAAAGAACCUGGUUUUCAUGGCAAUGAAGAAACUGACGAGAAAAGUCAACUUUUCAGAAGUCCAGAACAGUUAUUAUUUGGUUAUCCCAAAGCAGGACCCCGAAAAAAUCUUAAAUGAGAAGAAAAGGCCGAAGCAAAAUUGUAACUUAUACCCCCGAGAAGUUAGAAAUCGAGGAAAAAUAUCACGAGAAAAAAAGAAAGGAAGCAAUUGCUCUCUCUAGAAGUACUAAGAGAAAAUUAACAGAGAGUACUUCAGCUGGUGCAUUAUCAUCAUCCAGUGACACUGACACUGAUUCAUUUGUCUGAUUCCUCAGAUGCCGAAUCAUUUACAGAUUUUGAGUUUGAUCGUUAUCAGGAUUUGCCUGAGAUUAAUUCUUAUGUGCUGGUGGGAUUUCGUGACAAAAAAUCAGUUUUUUAUGUAGCGAAAAUUAUUGAAGUAAACGAUAACGACUUUAAAGUCACAUUUUGCGUCAUAGUGCUAAAAUUAAAAAUACAUUUUUGUUUCCCGCUGUUGAGGACAUAUCGCAUGUCAAUCAAACUGACGUUAGAUGUGUGCUGCCACUAAUUCUUAAUUGCGGAGGCACAAAACGUCAGAAGUCCUUUAUUUCAUUUGGCGUCAAGUUCGAUAAUAUAGACAUUCGUUGAGAAUAUUGAUUUAACUCGUUUUGAUAUUAAUGUUUAUAUCUUGUUUGAUAUUUUGAAUAAAUAUAUAACGAAUA